UUCACACAGAAUGUCUGACGUUAACCCUCUCGCAACGUCCGGGACUCUCUAAAGUACCCCUUAGAGGUUUACAGAAUGCAUUCUCUAUGUGGUAUGUGCGAAAUUUCGCAAUUGUUACAGGAAAAAACAUUCCUUCGCCGAUUCAAGCACUCUUGCUCAAAGGUGAUGUAGCAAAAGCCGCUAAAAACAUGUAUAACCCACCUGCUAAGCUAGAGGAAAAUCCUUGACCCAUGAAAUGACCUAACGGGUAGCCUAUAGACCGCUAGAAUACAGAACAAAGCCUCGGCGGAAUUUGAAAGAGAGUAGCUCUAUAUAGACUCAAGAAAAACGGGGAGAUAUGGCAUGGAUGUUACUCCGUGUAUGUCUGGUGUUCGCGUUAUUCCAGCAGGGAUAUUCCAAAAAAAAGGACUACAUGAAAGAAUUGGAGGAGUUUUUGAUGGCGCGAAACAUGGAAGAAAAUUUAAGGUAUCUAAGUAAGAAGCCCCACGUCGCAGGCUCCCGACGAAACAACGAGCUUGCGACGGAGAUCGCACGAAGGUGGCGCGAGUACGGUUUCGACAAGGUCGAGAUGCCGAAGUAUGAUAUGUUGCUCAGUCUGCCGGACGAGAAAAACCUCAGCACGGCCGCUGUGAUUGAUGGGAAGGGGAAGAUCAAGAUUGGUUUCCAACAUGAAGAGAAGCCAUUGACUGCUGAUGAGCGUCAGGCUGGGCCGGACAUGAUGCCUUCUUUUCUCUCUAACCCCCUCACGGGUACUGUGUCAGGUGAUGUCGUAUAUGUCAAUCAUGGCAUGGACUCGGACUUCGAAAGGCUGUCCAAGUUUGGGGUAUCCGCUAAAGGUCACAUUGUUCUCAUUAGGAUGGGGAAAGGUUACCGAGGGAACAAGAUAAAAGCCGCCUCAGAUAACGGAGCGAUUGGCGCACUCGUCUACACCGACCCCGAGGAGUUUGCACCGGAAGGCUCGAACCAGACUUUUCCCGACUCAUGGUGGCUGCCAGAGACUGGUGUCCAGCGCGGUGCAGCAGGCAUGGGGUCUGGGCCAGGUGAUGCAAGAACACCAGGGUACCCGUCUGUGGAUGGCAUUUACAGGAUACCGCUGACCAAGCUAAAGAAACCUAAGAUUCCCGCAUAUGGUUUGUCUUACAAAGAUGCGCUGCAGAUCUUAAAACGCAUGAAAGGCCCCAAAGCCCCUAAAGACUGGCAAGGCAAACUUCCGGUGACUUACAGACUCGGCCCAGGCUUUCGCGACGCCAGUAGCAAAGUUCAAAUGACAGUAACAGCAAAAAGUGUCACAAAGUCAAUCUACAACGUCAUAGGCACGAUAGCUGGCCGAGAGGAGCCCGAUCGCUACGUCAUCCUCGGAAACCACCGGGAUGCUUGGGUAUUCGGCGCCAGCGAUCCAUCCAGCGGAACCGCCAUUCUAAUGGAACUGUCACGUGGUUUAGGAAAUCUCCUAAAGAAAGGUUGGCGACCACGAAGGACCAUAAUCCUUUGCAGCUGGGAUGCCGAGGAACAAUUUGUCAGCGGUUCUACGGAGUGGGUCGAGGAGCAUGCGCAGGUGCUUGGAAGUCGUGCAGUAACGUAUUUAAACAUUGAUGUUGGUGUCGGUGGGAACUUUACGUUGAACAUGGAUGGAAGUGCUUUGAUUGAAAAACUGUUAGUGGAGACAGCCAAAGAGGUCCAAGAUCCUACAGAAGGCAAACGCAAAGCUAGUCUUUAUGACGUCAUCCUUGAACGAGAUGCCCGUAAAGUGCGGGGUGGAGUCCCGUUCUGCGAGAACCUCGCUUUUGGUAGCGAUUACGUGUCAUUUUACCACUUCCUAGGGAUUCCAGGUGGCGACUGGGCCUACAUAUUCGGAGGUCGGUAUGGAAUAAGGCGAUCCUAUCCGCUUUAUCACUCCAUACAUGAUAACUUCGACUAUAUUAAGAAAUUCGUGGACCCGCAAUUCAAGAUUCAUCUCGCGGUUGCCAAGUACACCGCGCGGGUUUUAUUAAAAGUUGCAGACGCCGAGAUUUUACCGUUCAACGUGACAAACUUCGCGUGGACUCUUGAGCGAGAGAUGCAAGCGCUAAAAGCGCUCCCCGCCUUAAAGUCUUCUUAUGUCAGUCUGAAGUACCUAAGGAAAGCCGUAAACGCCUUUUACCAGACGGCGCUAAAAUUUGACGCCCUGAAAAGCGCUGGAGCGAUCAACGGGGAGCUUGCAAAACGCGCCAUCAAUGACCAAAUGAUGGGAAUCGAGCGUGCAUUUAUCGACUCGAUUACUCCUAACCAGAAGCUCCCGUUUCGUAAUGUCUUGUAUGGGGCAGACUCGAGUAAUAUCUACGACGGCAUGUAUUUCCCGAGAGUGAAAGAAGCCGUAAAACGCGCGCUUAAAAACGGAGAUUGGGAUAAGGUUAGAAAGGAGGUAUCUGUGUUGACAUUCUCUGUGAGAUCAGCAAGGGAGAUGAUUCUUCUGAUAGAGUAGCGAUUUAUCGGAGCGAGGUAUCCCGGGGAAGAGGGGGGGGGGGAUGUACCUGAGGUAGGAUAGGGACCAAUAAUAUUAUUACCAGUGAUUACCGGUAUUAUUACCAGUGAUUACCGGUAUUAUUACCAGUGAUUACCGGUAUUAUUACCAGUGAUUACCGGUAUUAUUACCAGUGAUUGCCGGUAUUAUUACCAGUGACUACCGGUAUUAUUACCAGUGAUUACCGGUAUUAUUACCAGUGAUUGCCGGUAUUAUUACCAGUGACUACCGGUAUUAUUACCAGUGAUUACCGGUAAUCACUGGUAAUCGUCAAACAGUGGGCAAGCGGCAGGAGACGACUGAAGACGUAAACAAGCCACGAAAACCUCUUUUAUUUUCCCAUCUCCUGGGAACUUAGCCCAUAUUACUAUCUAUAUAAUUGUUUUUGUUAUAAUAGGCUGUCUAGUACAUGGAUAAGUUGUCUAUCGUUGUAAAAAAGGGUGCCAUCCUCGUAUCAAGAAAUACCAAAUAAAAUUAUUCAACCUCA